AUGACAGCGAAUGAACUGAUGGGCAAUGCAUGGAUUGUACAGUGCAGUCGUGCACUCGACAUUCGGCUCUAUGAAAGUGAUUUCUCAAAUGAUUCAAAAUGGCUUGAUAUGAUGGACAUACUCAACGAGUACAUCAAUGGUAUUUGUGCAAUAAACAAUGAUCUUUUGAUCAAACCCAUGGAAGAAAUCAGCAAUACACUGUUGACGAGAAGGUGUGAAAAAGAGAAUGACGACGAAAAUCAAACCAAAAAACAUAAAAUUCAGAGAUUAACACCUAGUUCACUUGAUGAACUCGGUUCAUCGCCACUCCUUCAACCUGCGUGA